UCAAGGCGGGGCGGUUCGUGCGAUCGCAAGUACCCAGGCUGCAGGGGGUCUUCCCCUAUUUCCCGACGGGAUGGCGGAGGAAGGCGCGGUCGCCGUCUGCGUGCGCGUCCGGCCGCUCAACAGCAGAGAAGAAGCUCUUGGAGACGCUACCCAAGUUUAUUGGAAAACUGGCAAUAAUACUGUUUAUCAAGUGGAUGGGAGUAAAUCCUUCAGUUUUGAUCGUGUCUUUCAUAGUAAUGAAACCACUAAAAAUGUUUAUGAAGAAAUAGCAGUGCCAAUCAUAGAUUCUGCUAUUCAAGGCUACAAUGGUACUAUAUUUGCCUAUGGGCAGACCGCUUCAGGAAAAACAUAUACUAUGAUGGGUUCGGAAGAUUAUUUGGGAGUAAUACCCAGGGCAAUUCAUGACAUUUUCCAAAAAAUUGAGAAGUUCCCUGAUAGGGAAUUUCUCUUACGUGUGUCUUACAUGGAGAUAUACAAUGAAACCAUUACAGAUUUACUUUGUGACACACGAAAAAUGAAGCCUUUAAUAAUUCGGGAAGACUUCAAUAGGAAUGUAUAUGUGUCUGACCUCACAGAAGAAGUUGUUUAUACAUCAGAAAUGGCUUUGAAGUGGAUCACAAAGGGAGAAAAGAACAGGCAUUAUGGAAUUACAAAAAUGAAUCAAAGAAGCAGUCGUUCUCAUACCAUUUUUAGGAUGAUUUUGGAAAGUAGAGAGAAAGGUGAACCUUCUAACUGUGAAGGAUCUGUCAAGGUGUCCCAUUUGAAUUUGGUUGAUCUUGCCGGCAGUGAAAGAGCUGCUCAAACAGGUGCUGAAGGUAUGCGACUUAAGGAAGGAUGUAAUAUAAAUCGAAGUUUAUUUAUUUUGGGACAAGUGAUCAAGAAACUGAGUGAUGGACAAGUUGGUGGUUUCAUAAAUUACCGAGAUAGCAAAUUAACACGAAUUCUCCAGAAUUCCUUGGGAGGAAAUGCCAAAACGCGUAUUAUCUGCACAAUUACUCCAGUGUCUUUUGAUGAAACUCUUAGUACUCUCCAGUUUGCCAGUACUGCUAAAUAUAUGAAGAAUACUCCUUAUGUUAAUGAGGUAUCGAGUGAUGAAGCUCUCCUGAAAAGAUAUAGAAAAGAAAUAAUGGAUCUUAAAAAACAGUUAGAAGAGGUUUCUUUAGAGACUCGGGCCCAGGCAAUGGAAAAAGACCAGUUAGCCCAACUUUUGGAAGAAAAAGAUUUGCUCCAAAAAGUGCAGAUUGAGAAAAUUCAAAACUUAACACGGAUGUUGGUGACCUCUUCUUCCCUCACGUCACGACAGGAAUUAAAGGCUAAAAUAAAAAGAAGAGUCACUUGGUGCCCUGGCAAAAUUAACAAAAUGAAGGACUCAAAUUAUAUAAAUGAAUUUAAUAUACCAACAAAUACACCAAAAAACCUUAAGACUUCUAUAACUUUAGUAGGAGAAAUUGAUGAAUCCAUCUGCUCAGAGGCUGAUGUUUUCAGUAACACCCUGGAUAUAGUAACUGACGUAGAGUGGAAUCCAGCGACAAAGCUGCUAAGUCAGGAAAACUUAGAAAGUGAGUUGAAUUCACUUCGUGCUGAUUAUGAUAAUUUAGUAUUAGACUAUGAAAGACUAAGAAAAGAAAAUGAAGAAAUGGAAUUGAAAUUAAAAGAAAAGAAUGAUUUGGAUGAAUUUGAGGCUCUUGAAAGAAAAGCAGAAAAAGAUCAAGAGAUGCAACUAAUUCAUGAAAUUUCGAACUUAAAGAAUUUAGUUAAGCAUGCAGAAGUUUAUAAUCAAGAUCUUGAGAAUGAACUAAAUUCAAAAGUAGAUCUGCUUAAGGAAAAGGAAGACCAGAUUAAGAAGCUACAGGAAUACAUCGACUCUCAGAAGUCAGAAAGUAUGAAAAUGGACUUGUCAUACUCAUUGGAAGACACUGAAGACCUAAAACAAAAAAAACAGACUCUGCUCGAUGCUGAAACUGUAGCCCUAGAUGCGAAGAGAGAAUCAGCCUUCCUUAGGAGUGAAAAUCUGGAGUUGAAAGAGAAAAUGAAAGAACUUGAAAGUAUAUGCAAACAAAUGGAAAAUGAUAAUCAGUUACAUCAAAGCCGGUUGGAGGCAAAAAAGAAAAUACAAAUUGAUCUGGAGAAAGAAUUACAAUCUUCUUUUAAUGAAAUAACAAGACUCACCUCCCUUAUAGAUGGCAAAGUUCCAAAAGAUUUGCUCUGUAACUUGGAAUUGGAAAGAAAAGUUACAGAUCUCCAGAAAGAACUGAAGAAAGAAGUUGAAGUAAAUGAAGCCUUGCAUAAAAAAGUUAAUUUGCUCUCAGAAUUGACAUCUUUACCCUCAGAAGUAGAAAUGCUAAGGAAAAAGGUCAAUGAUAAAUCUGAAGAGCUAUAUCUCAUGACAUCAGAAAAGGAUAAAUUAUUUUCUGAAUUAACUCAUAAAGAGAGUAGAAUUCAAGAUUUACUUGAAGAAAUAACGAAAACUAAAGGUGACCUAGCAUCUACCCAGUUGAAUUAUAAAAAGAUGGAUCAAGAAUUCCAAGAUUUUAAAAAUUGUCAUAUUGAGUUUGAACAAAAGUAUAACAUGGCCCUAGAAGAGAAUGCAAGAAUAAAUCAGGAAAUAGAAAAUCUCACUAAACACAGAACCCAAGAACUUCAGCGGAGUCAAGAGUUAAAUGAAGUAGAAGAGCUGAAGGAACAAUUAGCAAGUAGAGACUCUAGUCUGCAAACUGUAGAAAGGGAGAAAACACUGAUUACUGAGAAGCUUCAGCAAACCUUAGAAGAAGUACGAGCCUUAACCCUAGAAAGAGAUGCCUUCAGACAAGUCCAAGAGAGCCUGCAAAUUGAGAGAGACCAACUCAGAAGCGACAUUGAAGAUACUGUGCACAUGAACAUAGACACCCAAGAACAGUUACGAAAUGCUCUUGAGUCUUUGAAGCAGCACCAAGAAACUAUUAACACACUAAAAAUGAAAAUUUCUGAGGAAAGCUCCAAGAAUUCACAUAUAGAGGAAAACACAGAAAAAACUAAGGAUGAAUUUCAGGAAGAGAUCCAAGAAGCUCAAGACAUACAAGAACAGACCUUUAAUGAGAAGGAAAAAACCAAUGAGACUAAGAAAAUAAUCAGUGAGAUGGAGCAAUUGAAGGAGCAACUGAAAACUAAAGAGUCGGCUCUGCUAAGAUUAGAAAUGGAAAAGCAUGAGUUGUCCGAGAGACUUCAGGAAAGUCACGAAGAAAUGGAAUCUAUAGCUAAGGAGCGAGAUGACCUGCAGAGGCUGCAGGAGGUCCUUCAGUCUAAAAACGGCCAACUCCAAGAAAACAUGGAAGAAAUUAUAGCUAAGCACCUAGAAACCGAAGAGGAGCUUAAAGUUGCCCAUCGUCACCUGGCAGAACAGGAGGAAACUAUUGAUAAACUGAGAGUGAAUCUUUCAGAGAGGGAAACUGAACUGUCAAGCUUCCAGAAGGAAUUAGAAACAACCAAUGAUGAAUCACAGAAAAAGAUGCAAGAGCUUCAUGAGAAACAAGAACAAUUUAUUUGCCUCAAAGAAGAAAUCAGUGAGACUCAGGAAAAAAUGAGCGAACUGGCACAAUUAAAGGAGCAACUCAAAGCCAAAGAUUUUUCACUAGAAAGCAUGGAAAGUGAGAGGCUCAAGUUAAUUGAGAGACUUAAGGAAAGUCAGGAAGAAAUAAAACUUAUAAUUAAAGAAAGAGAUGAACUGAAAAGGAUGCAAGAGACCCUUCAAAUGGAAAGAGACCAACUCAAAGAAGAUAAUAAAGAAAUUGUAGCUGAAGCAGAGAAAAUCAAAGAGGAACUAAAAAGUACUUAUACUGUUCUGAAGGAGUACCAAGAAACUAUUAAUACAAGGGAUAUAUCAGAGAAGACAGAUCAAGGAGCAAAUAUUCAGAGAGAUUUAGAAAAUUCAGAUAAUGAAUUAUGGGGAAAGAUUCAAGAAUUUCAGGAAAAAGAGCAUCAAAUUCUUGAAAUGAAAGCUGUAAAUGAGACUCAGGAAAUGUGUGAAAUAGAAUAUUUGAAGAAGCAACUUGACACCCAAAAGUCAACUCUGGAAAACCUAGAAAUGGAGAACGUAAGGUUAACUAAGAGACUCCAGGACAACCUUGAAGAAAUACAAUCUGUUACGAAAGAAAGAGAUGACCUUAGGAGUGUGGAGGAGACUCUCAAAGUAGAGAGAGAUCAGCUCAAGGAAAACCUAAGAGAAACUGUAGUUCGAGACCUCGAAAAACAAGAGGAAUUAAAGAUUGCUAACAUAUAUCUGAAGGAGCACCAGGAAACUAUCGAUGAACUCAGAAGGAUUAUUUCUGAGAAGACAGAUGAAAUAUCAAAUAUGCAAAAGGACUUCGAAAACAAAAAUAGUGCCUUAAAAGCACAGAGCCAAGAACUUCAGGAGAAAGAACAUCAACUUCUGAAGGUAAAAAAUGAUCUCAGGGAAAAUAUGUAUCAAACAGAGCAACUGAAGAAGCAAUUGGAGGCCCAGCAUUCACUCUUGGAAAGUACUGAAACAGAGAAGUUAAGGUUGACUAAGCAGCUUCAUGAAAACCUCGAAGAAGUAAGAUGCGUCACGGAGGAAAGAGAUAGCCUAAGACGAAUGGAAGGGACCCUCAGAAUGGAGGGAGACCAGCUCAGAGAAAGCCUCCGAGAAGCAGAAGCUAAGAUCCAAGAACUUAAGGCAAAUGAACAUCAGUUCUUGAAGUUAAAAGAAGAGGUCAGUGAAACACAGAAAAAAGUAUCUGAAAUGGAGGAAUUAAAGAAACAAAUAAAAGCCCAAAGUUUAACUCUGGAUAAAAUAGAAAUGGAGAAUUUAAAUUUGGCUCAGAAAUUUCACGAAAACCUGGAGGAAAUGAAAUCCAUAAUGAAAGAAAGAGAUAAUCUAAGAAGAGUAGAAGAGAGUCUCAAACUGGAAAGAGACCAACUCAAGGCAGACCUGCAAGAAACCAUAGCUAGAGAUCUGGAAACACAACAGGAACUAAAAAUUGCUCGUAUGCAUUUGAAAGAGCACCAAGAAACUAUUGAUAAAUUUAAAGAAACAGUUUCAGAGAAAACAACUCAGAUUUCAAAUAUGAAAAAGGAUUUAAAUAAAUCAGAAGAUGAUUUACAGAAAAAGAUCCAAGAGCUUCAGAAAAAAGAGCUUCAGCUUCUCAAAAUGAAAGAAGUUAUCAAUAAAACUCAUAAAAAAAUGAAUGAAAUGGAACGAGUGAAGAAGCAAUUUGAGGCUCAAAUUUUAUCUGUACAAAAUGUGGAAAUGGAUAACUCAUACAUGACUAAGAAACUUCAUGAAAGCCUUGAAGAAAUAAGAAUUGUAGCUAAGGAAAGAGAUGAGCUAAGAAAAAUAAAAGAGUCUCUCAAAAUGGAAAGAGACCAAUUCAGAGAAACCUUAAGAAAAACGAUAGCUAGACAGGCUCAACAGAACGACAGAGAGGUAGUAAAAUAUGAAAAAAAGUUACUGUGUGAUGGAAAACAGUACCCUACAGAAAGCCUAAGAAAAAAGUGCUUUCGGAUAAAAGAGCUUCUGAAGAAAUACUCAGAGAUGGAUAAUCAAUAUGAAUUCCUAAAUAGACUGUCUGUUGAAUUGGAGAAGGAGAUUGAAACCCAAAAGGAGCUUUCAAUUAAAAUAAAAGCAACCCUGUCACUUCCGUAUCCGCAGACGAAACAGAUUCAUAAACUUCUCACUGUAAACCAGAGGUGUUCCAUGGAAUUCUACCGAGUCAUGAAGAAUCUUAAGUAUGUGUUAAGCAAUGUUAUAAUGAUAAAGAAAGAACAACACGAAUCCAUAAAUAAAUUUGAAAUGGUUUUUAUUGAUGAAGUGGAAAAGCAAAAUGAAUUGCUGGUUAAACUUCAGCACCUUCCACAAGAUUAUGAUGUUCCAUCCAGAGAAUUAAGGGACCUCAGAUUGAGCCAGAAGGUGGAUCUACAUAUCGAGGAAAUUCUCAAAGAUUUUUCAGAAAGUGACUUCCACAGCAUAAAGACUGAAUUUCAACAAGUGCUAAGUAAUAGGAAAGAAAUGACCCAGUUUUUGGAAGAGUGGUUAAAGACACAUUUUGAUACAGAAGAGCUCAAAAGUGGCAUCCAGAAAGAAAAUGAUAGGGUUUUUCAAGUGAAUAAAUUCUAUAAUAACAGAAUAAUUGCUAUAGUGAAUGAAUCAACAGAGUUUGAGCAAAGAAGUGCCAACUUAGCCAAAGAAUGGGAGCAUGACCUGAAAUCAAUGAAAGAGGAAAAUGAAAAACUGUUCAAAAACUACCAAACUUUGGAGAUCUCUCAGACACCUGGUGCCCUUGCUAAUCCUACUACACAAGACUAUAAGAAUCUUCAUGUUACAUCAAGAGCCAAACAACAAAUUACAGAUAAAAUUGAAGAGCUGGAAACUUCAUUACGUGAAGCUAAAGAAAGUGCUAUGCAUAAGGAAGACAAGAUUAUAAAGAUGCAGAAAGAACUUGAAAUGACUAAUGAUGUAGUAGCAAAACUUCAAGAUCAAGUUAAUGAAUCAAAUAAGUGCCUUGAAAAGUCAAAAGAAAUGAUCCAAGUACUUGAGGACAAAGUUGCUUUAGGAACAAAACCCUAUAAAGAAGAAAUUGAAGAUCUCAAAAUGAAGCUGGUGAAAAUAGACCUAGAGAAGAUGAAAACUGCCAAGGAGUUUGAGAAGGAAAUUGCUUCUACAAAAGCCACUGUAGAAUAUCAAAAAGAAGUUAUAAGGGUAUUGAGAGAAAAUCUUAGAAGAAAUCAACAAGCCCAAGACACCUCAAUGGUAUCAGAAGAGAAUAAUGAUUCUCAGCCUCUCAACAAGCCCCUGACCUGUGGAGGCGGCAGUGGCAUUGUACAAAGCACCAAAGCUCUUAUCUUGAAAAGUGAAUAUGCACGACUGAAAAAGGAAAUUUCUAAGUUGAAGCAGCAAAAUGAACAGCUAAUAAAGCAAAAGAGUAAACUGUCGAGUUUAAGCAACAGUCAUCUUUCCAGUGAGGUUCUCAAAGGAGUAGCCUGUGAGAGUUCUCCAAAGUCCCCAGAAGCGGCCGUAACGGCCUCUGAAAAGAGACAGCGCACGCCCUCGCAUUGCAGGGAACGGAAUGUGCAAGACCCCGUGCCAAAGGAAUCUCCAAAGUCUUGGUUUUUUGACAGCCGAUCGAAGUCUUUCCCAUCCCCACAUCCAGUUCGCUAUUUUGAUAACUCGGGUUUAGGCCUUUGUCCAGAAGAGCCACCUGCUGGAGAAGAGAAUGUGGUUCCUCGGUCAGGUUCUUGUCAGACCUUUCCAGAAAAAGACCUGCCCGAGUGCAAGAUCCAGUAGGACCCUCCUCCGUCGCCCUCCUGAGGCCCAGCACUCCUUGGUCGUUACUUUGUGUGUCUAACCCUGGCAAUUAUGUUACAGUCCACUCAAUUUCAAUUCAGUUUUAAUUUUGCCGCUAGAAUUGGAAGGUGAAAGGACAGGAGAUUAAUGCAUUCUCAUCGUUUAGAAUGGCGAUAGCAGUGUUGUCUUGAACGUGGUAAUACUUCAGAAGCUGAACUGUCAUAUUUAUUUAUAUAUUUUUUAAAGAAUAAAGUUAUUAAGGAAAUUUCUAAUCAAACUGUACCCAUUUUUAUUACUGUAAAUUUAUCAACAUGUGACUUAAGAGAAUUAUAACUCCUUGUUUAGU